GCUUAAUCAUAGUGAGACCUGUCCAACCUAAUUUCAUUCACUCACCUCCCUUGAAGGAGAUCCAGAACAAAGAGCCAGAUUGAGAUGAGGACGUGUGUUCUGAUGUGAUUAAGCUCUCCUUGAUGCCUCGUACAGAUAGUACUUACUCUAGUACAGCUGAAAACGGACGUCUUGAUGCGAGCUCAAAGAGGGGGUUUUGUUCGAUGGCACAUUCUGAGUACUGAGCAACAGAUCAUAUCCUCCACAUAUUGGGAGUUAUAUUGGGAGGGUUGCAUGGACGUGUUUUCUAUCUCGGUUGGCCUCGAGGAGCGUGAUUCGGGGGUGAUGCCUAUCGCUCUGGAAAAUACACAGCUUUGUAUGCUUGUUCGAGAUCUCGGGUCCGACCUGGAGCAGCUUCAGAAGCUGAAAAGGUCCCAGGUGGUUGAUAUCUAUUAUGGACUUGAAAAUGCUAGCUUUGUGCUUGAGCAGAAACGAAUUCAGAAGGUCCUUGAGGCAGAAGGUCAUUUUUUGAUGAAGGAUCCUUGCGGAAUGUUGCAACCCCGUUGGGUGGGUGGAACAAAAAUAUGUUGCUUGACUUGCACGCACUUGGACUUCCAGUCAUCUGGAAAGGUAUACAGGGAGCUGUGAAUUAUCUCCGCGUCCUAGACGUAGAUGAGACAAGCCGGUUUCUUGAUCCCGUUGCGAAGCGUAUCGGACAGGUAUUACUCUACAUUAACUAUGAGGAGCUCUGUAAGCACCCGAAAGAAUAUUGCCCUC